ACAUGUAGAUUGGGAAUGAAGAGUACAUUUGAUGUUUGCAUUCAAUGUGUUAUAGGUUGGGUUCUUCUUGUUGGAAUUGAUGUGGAGAACUAAAGGUGGAUUAUCAACAAAGUUAUUGAAUAUAAGUGUAGUCUGUUUCUGUAAAGCCAAGCAACUGGAGAAAGCAGAAGCAGUGAUAAUCGAUGGUGUAAAAGUAGGAGUAGAAGCAGACGUGGUGACUUAUAAUACGCUGAUUACAGCAUAUUGUCAAUUUGUCGGGAUUCAUGAAGGUUAUUCCGUUCUUCAUAGAAUGAAAGAAGUUGGGGUUAUACCGGAUGUUGUCACGUAUAAUUCUUUGAUAGCUGGUGCGACCAAGCACGGCUUGUUAUCUCGGUGCAUUGAUCUGUUCGAAGAGAUGCUAGAUUUGGGCAUUUUUCCCGAUGUUUGGAGCUACAACACUCUGAUGCAUUGCUUCUUCAAGUCCGGAAAACCAGACGAGGGCUACAGGGUUUUCCGGGACAUUCUUUUACAAGGGAUUCCCCCUUGCCCUACCACGUUUAAUAUCCUAAUCAACGGUCUCUGCAAAAACGGGUAUACGGAGAAUGCUAUGAUGCUAUUUAGGUACUUAAAGCGUCAUGCUUUUGUUCCUCAGUUGGUGACAUACAAUAUUCUUAUCCACGGGCUUUGCAAGUCGGGCCGGCCAGCACCUGCUAGAAGGCUUCUGAAAGAGCUCGUGGAAAUAGGUGUUAUCCCGGACACUGUAACGUAUACUACAGUGAUUAAAUGCUGCUUUAGGUCAAGACGUUUCGAAGAAGGGCUUCAAGUCCUAGCGGAUAUGAGAAGCAAAGGGUAUAUAUUUGAUUCUCACGCGUAUUGUACAGUCAUUAGUUGUUUACUUAAGGCAGGUAGGACGAAGGAUGCUCAUCAAUGUCUGGAGAAUAUGAUCAUGAAUGGCGUUAACCUUGACAUAGUGGCGUACAACACCCUUAUUAAUCUAUACUACAAGAACGGGAAGCUGGAAGACGCCUACUUUUUGGUGGAAGAUGCCGAGAAAAGAGGGCUGGUUCACGACGUAUACACACAUACUAUCUUAAUCGAUGGCCUAUGCAAGACCGGAGAUAUAAAAGGGGCGGAACACCACUUGGACUGCAUGAACAAGAUGGGUUUUGUACCGAAUUUGAUUGCUUUCAAUUGCUUUAUCAAUGGGUUGUGUAAAGCUGGCCAAAUCGACCAUGCAUUGCACGUGUUUAAAUCGAUGGCUGAGAAAGAUUGUUUUACCUAUUCAUCAAUGGUGCACGGUCUUUGUAGGACUGGGAGAUUUCGCGAAGCAUCUAAGCUAUUGCUUUCGUGUAUUAGAGGUGGUAUGAAAAUUCUGAAGUCGGAUAAAGAAGCAGUCAUCAAUGGUCUUCGUCGUUCUGGCUUCUUGCAUGAAGCCAGAAAACUGCAGUCAAGUAUCCGGGUAGCAAAGCUAUUGCAUUACCAAUGA